AUGACAGGUACACGAAGUUUAGAUAGAGGUGGAGUUGUAGCCAUAGGCGUCGGACAUCCUUUUGAAGCAUCCAUUCCAGAUUUGCAGAAGCGAGUCCGCAAUGUACUUCGCCGUGAUAGAAGUAUGCCAUUGGACAAGGGGAGUACCUCGACUCCCGAAGAGAAGGACUGCCGUGGGGAUGAGGUGGUGGAGGUAGAGAAGGAGUUGGAGAUGAAGUGGAAUUCGGAGUUGUAG